GGAUACUCGGCAAAGUUGGAUGAUCAGACUGUGGAGCUAGUCAGGCGACAGGAUGAAAUUGCCAGUAUAGGUCGUUCCAACUCUGUACAGCGUCGUGACAUAACCGUUGAAGGAGGAAGAGGAUGGAAUGCCGUCAGACUCUCGCUACGCACUUACAAUGGAGCAUACAACUCCGGUCCUUGGACGCACGAUGAUUACCUUGGGCAGAGUGUCACGAUAUACGUGCUUGAUACCGGGAUCAAUAUCCAACAUCCGGGUUUUCAAGGGUCAGAGGUCCGGUUUGGAGCCAACAUGGUCAGCCGCUCGAACAACAAUGACAACCACGGCCACGGAACGAUGUGCGCGGGAGUAAUUGCAGGAAAAGCCAACGGACUGUCACCACGAGCAACGACCAUUGCCGUGAAGAUUGCCUCGGACCAGAAUGUGUCGCAAACUGACGACGUAGUCGCGGGGAUUGAAUGGGUGCUGCGCCAACCGGGAGACAAUAACAUGAAAGUCAUCUCCAUGUCCCAUUACGGUUUCAGUGGCGUCCCAGACGUGUCCACUGCAGUUGCCGCUGCAAUCCGGGCAGGAGUCCAUUUUGUCGUCUGUGCUGGGAACGACCAACGCGACAGUUGCCAGGUCCAGCCAGCAAACGCUGUAGGAGUCAUUUCAGUCGGGUCCGUUAACGGAUAUAACGCACUUCCAAAGAAACCAGACGAGGCGCAGGGAACCAAUAUCGGAAAAUGCGUCACGAUCUUUGCCCCGGGAAGCCGAGUGCCUUCGCUGAGCACCCACAACAUUAACUCUCGAUAUCAAUAUUAUUCAUGGGGCACCAGCGUUGCGGCACCGCAAGUCGCUGCCCUGAUCGCAAACCGGCUCAGCGCACUCGGACCUCAGACACCGGCAGACAUGAAGAAAUGGCUGGAAGAAACAGCGACAAAGGACCAGAUCAUUGGUGAUUUGGGUGGGUCCCCAAACCUCAUCGCUUUCAACGGA